GAGGCGCUGCCGCAAAACCCGGCACCGGUGCCGCAGCUUCGAAUUGGCACCCCAAAUUCGCAUCUAACACCGCCGCGGGCAGCCCGACGGCGGCGAGCACUGGCCCCGUCGCAUCUCACAAAACCCAUCAAAGGCAGCCCGAUGAGUUCAGACGCCGACACCACCUACAAAGCCACGGCACCGGCCGUCUCGAGCCGCGCCUUAAAGUGCUACACGGCCUGCUAUGAUGGGAAGCUCGACGAAGUAAAACGAGUCGUAAACCAGCCGAACCAGCCGCCGCUCGACGUCAACGCCGAGAUCCACGGGGGCACGGCCUUCGCCGCGGCCGUCCAGAACGGCCAUCUGGAGAUCGUGCGCUUUCUCUGUUCGAUCGGUGCGGACGUCGAUAGGCCCAUCCACGACGGAGCUACUCCUGUGUUUAUAGCAGCUUAUAGGGGCUACGUCGACAUCGUGAAGUUCUUGAUCGAGAAGGGCGCGGACCUCGAGCGGCCGAACUCCAAAGGCAACACGCCCUUCUUUAUAUGUUGCCAGCAUUGUCGGUUGGAUAUUGCGGAGUUACUCGCAGACAGAGGUGUUGCAUUGGAGCCGGUCAACGAGGCCGGCUCCACUCCCUUCUUUUUCGCGUGCCAGGAGGGGAACCUUGCGGUGGUCGAUUUCUUGGCCAAAAGAGGAGUGGACUGCAAGCGGGGCAAGAACGGCAUCACGCCCUUCCACAUGGCCUGCUAUCGGGGCCACCUCGAUGUCGUGGCUUUCUUGGCGGUGGAACGGGGUCUCGACGCGAGGGCCAUCGACGGGCACGGUCGGACGCCGUUGGAGGUGGCUAAACGCGCGCAAAGGGACGACGUCGUGGCUUUUUUGGAACGUCAAGAUCCAGAAUUAGCGAAGGCUCGACAAGGUAGAGAGUCUUGUUUGGCGACGACGUUCGGGGAAGAAAGCGCGCCCUGCUCGGAGCUGAGCUGCGUCGUGGCCUAAGAAUUGGUUGAUUGGAU